AUGCAACAAUUUAGCUCGCGGGAAAAGUACUUGAUCUCCAACACCCUCAACUGCUGGCCAGUGAUGCUCCAAGGCCACUCAGUGCUCAUAGAUCUACACAAUGAAACCUCGGUGGCAGGAGUAAUCGACAUAGCCGACGGGCACAUGACCUGCGAACUUUCGAACGCCGUUUUCAUCGAUCGAAAUGGUGGCCAGCAUCCAUUCGAUCACUUCAUGGUGCGCAACCGGAUGAUCCGGCAAAUUCACAUUCCUACGCAUAUCGACGUGGAGCAAGAACUGCGACAGGCCAUGGAACGGGGAGUCCUUCGGAAGGAGCGAGUGAAACCAAAGACCGGAAAACGAACGUUUAAGCAGAAACGAGCGGAGAUGAGACACAUGGAAACGCUUCAGAUGAUGUCGCAGCAAUGGGAUGCGGACAAAAAGGAACCAGAGAAAUAAACUUAUCUACAUAUGUAUACCACAUAAGCACAUCUUUAUUUAUUUCAGGGAAAUACAAACUUAGUUUGAUUGCA